GCCCCCUCUCUGCCUCUGCCCCUCCCCCUCUGCACCUCUCCCUCUGCUCAUGCUCUCUCGUUUUCUCUCUUAAAUAAAUAAAAUCUUAAAAAAUAAAUGGAGGUGGAAUUAAGAAGGGAAAAUCCUGAUAUCGAUUUUCCUCUCAAAAUAGAAUGAAAUUUAUGAAUUGUAUAAGAAAAAGGAGGAAGUACCCUUGGUCUGAGGACUUUGGUAGUCCACUGGUACUCUCCUGCCCUUGGAUGUCUAACAGUUUCAUUUUAGUACAGCCAGCAGAGCUGUGCAAGCCUUUUGAGCUGUGGCAGCUCCUAGGAGAUGGUGUUUGUUCUAAGAUGGCAAUGAUAGGACUCCCAGGAGACAGCUAUGAAGUCUGGAUUUAGCUUUGGGUAUCUUUUUGGAAAAGAAGCAGCUCAUUUGAUGAGAGUGGAUAUGGGAUUAGGAGAGGUGGACAUUCAAAUUUAUUCACUUGAGGCCUGAUCUAGUUUUAACCUAAGUUAGCCCCACAGGGAGAUAAUCUGGCAACGUACAUUUAUCAUUUCCUGAUGUUCGCUGAGGUUACAGAAGAGAAUGAAAGCCAAAUAUCUUGAGCUGUGAUAUAUAUGGAUUUCAUCACCCACAGAUUGAAACUGAACUAUUCAAGAAAGGGGUUAAGAGAGACAGAGUAGAGAAGUCCGACCCAAGUUUCAUCAAGGACUGGUCUUUUCUAUUGUCUGGUCCACACUGAAUUCAUCCCUACUGUAAAUAUUAAGUACACCUUCCAGGAAAAAUUAAUUACUUUCUAAGAACCUAAAAUUGUUACAAAGGAUUAAACUUUUAGGUCUUUCUUUAGCUACAACAAUUAGGUCCCACUGAUUUGAUACUAAAAUCUGUGUACUUGGAUGACUGUCUCAGGGAGUGUUAAUAGAGUAAAAUAGGUUUCAAUGACAUCAUUAGCUCCAUGUCUGUCUGUAAAAUGGUAGCUUCCCUGCAGCAAGAGGAGGGAGCAGCGGCAGCCGGCACCUGCACAAACGCACGUGAACUCCAAGUAUUUCUUACCUACUGGCCUCCUUGGGCUUUCCUGACAGCCUCAUGGAUACUUAGAACCACCAAAGGUCUCAGGGAGGCACAGGCCUUUGUCUGUAGGCCCUGCUAUCCUAGUGCCCUACCCAGUACUCCCUGGCUGGGUUGGGAUCUGAGGCUAGUAGGCAAGGUUGGACCCUACUGGGUAUUCAUGGUUAGGGACAGCAGGCUAUUCUAACAGACUUAUUUACAAACAGCUUUAGACAUUUGUUAAUACACAGUAUUUUAGAAGUAAAACAUGAAGUUCUCUUCUUCUGUCUCCAGUUUCAUAGUUCAGUUUCAUGGUAUUAUGCAGGUGGGUUUCUGACUUUGAGACAAUCUUUUUCUGCUUCACUAUCCAGGGAUUAUUUGCAGACUGCUCUAACGUGGUAACUGCCACUGUAUGGGAGACAUUAAUCAGGGUAGCAUUUGAUAUGCACCCUUCCCUGACCUCCUUAGCUGUCAGCAGGCAAAAAGAUCCUACAGGGUAUAUUCCCUUUUCCUGUGGAAUAGUACAUAGAAGGCAUAGCCCCAGGUGUGGCUCUGCCAGUAUCACCGACUCUCUAAAGGGAGGGCAGAGGGGCUGCGGGCUGGUGUGACAUGAUAGAGGCAGUAAUUACUCAUACCACUUGGCUUCCCUGCUGAGAUAAGAGCCUUUAGAGAAAUAACUUGUCCCUGCCUUUUCUCUCAACAAGCCCAAGCCACAGAGGCAACAGUUGUUCUUUUCUCCAACCAGAAGAGAAAAGGUGCAGUGCAUUGCUAGGCAUGGGCUAUUCAUUAAUUCAUGGCUAAUUCAUCUGUUCAUUUAUCUGGUAUUUAUUAAAUUUUCAUAGUGUGGUAGGUCUGUGUAGUUAAAAAGAGGUAUAAGACAGUCCUUUUCUCCAAGAAGCUCACAGCUAGUGGAGAAGAGAUGUGAAAAACAAUUGUAAUACAAUGAAAGAAAUAAUGCAGUGUGAUAAAAGCUAUGAUAGAAAUAUCUUCCAGGUCCUUGCUGAAGCAUAAAAGAGGAAAUAACUUGGACUUCUCAGUAACUUCCUUGGAGCCUAGAAGAUGGAAAAUUGAACUUUUAAUUUAUAUUCAGCUCUGCUGGAGUUCUUGAAGAUUAAUACCUACUUAUAACUCUUGUUAUAUUUCAAGACAGAAAGUUAAUUUGAGGGAGAAGAUUCGUCAAUAAUCUGCUAUACCAAUGUCAGCACAAUGACAGUAGCUCUUACCCUCUACUGGGUGGUCACCAUGUACCAAGUGAUGCUAAGCCCUUUAUACACAUCAUCUCUUUUAAUUCUCACCACAAUCCUAUGAGCUCCUGAGCUUUUCUUCCGUCUGUCAUGCUCUGAGCCCAUUCUUAGCAAACCACCAGGUCCGGGACACCUGGUGUGCAGCCACCCUGGGCUUGUUGUGCUCUGAUCCAAGUGCCUGCAUCUGCCCCCUGGUGGCCUGAUGACAGAGCUUCAUGGAGGUAUCUUCCAGAUCCUCCUCCAACCUUGACCCAGGCAACUAUGGGGAAGUGCGUGAUCUGAUCACCCAGACACCCUCUAAAGUGCAGAUACAAGAUAUUACUAAGGAGCUACACUGCCCACUGUGUAAUGAUUGGUUCCAUGAUCCAUUGAUGCUAAGCUGUGGCCACAACUUCUGCCAGGCCUGUAUCCAAAACUUUUGGAAGCAGCAAGUAAAGGAAACAUUCUGUCCUGAGUGUAAGAUGCUAUGUCAAUAUAGCAACUGUACAUUCAACCUUGUACUUGAGAAGCUGGUAGAGAAGAUAAAGAUGCUACCCUUACUCAAGGGCUAUCCACAGUGCCCAGAGCAUGGAGAGAAUCUGAAACUAUUCAGUAAGCCAGAUGGGAAACUGAUCUGCUUUCAAUGCAAAGAUGCUCGGUUGUCUGUGGGGCAGUCUAAAGAUUUCCUGCAGAUCUCUGAUGCUGUCCGUUUCUUCAUGAAGGAGCUCACCAUCCAUCAAGGUCAACUGGAGGCAACCCUGAAGAAACUUCAGUCCCUGAAGAAUACGCAGAAAGAUGCUAUUGCUGCUUACAAGUUGUUUGAGUACGGGUGGUGUGGGUCCUCGCCCCCAAGCGCUAGUCUCAGUAAUUACCAUGGUGAUGACUGCGGAGGUUUCCAGGAAAACAAGCUACAUCUGCAGCAACACAUCUCCUUGGAGUUUCUAAAGCUACAUCAGUUCCUGCACAGCAAAGAAAAGAACAUUUUAAAUGAGCUCCGAGAAGAGGGGAAAGCCUUGAAUGAGGAGAUGGAGCUGAGUCUGAACCACCUUCAAGAACAGUGUCUCCUAGCCAAGGGGAUGUUGGUGAGCAUCCAAGCACAGAUGGAACAGCAGAAUCCCUUCUACUUUCUCAAAGAUAUCUCAUCUUUCUUGGAUAGCUUGGAACAAGGAACAAAGGUGCUGAUGCCCAGAGAGCUUAUCUCCAGAAAGCUGAACCCUGGCCUGUACAAAGGUCCCAUCCAAUACAUGAUGUGGAGGGAAAUGCAGUUUUCUCUCUCUCCAGGCCUAUCUUCAUUAACUCUAGACCCUAAAACAGCUCACCCAAAUCUGAUGCUCUCCAAAAACCGGACCAGUGUGUGGCAUGGUGACAUUAAGCAGGUAAUGCCCGAUGAUCCAGAGAGGUUUGACUCAAGUGUGGCUGUGCUGGGCUCAAAAGGCUUCACAUCUGGAAAGUGGUACUGGGAAGUAGAAGUAGCAAAGAAGACAAAAUGGACAGUUGGAGUCGUCAGAGAAUCCAUCAUUCGGAAGGGCAGCUGCUCUCUAACUCCUGAGCAAGGAUUCUGGCUUUUAAGACUAAGAAACCAAACUGACCUAAAGGCUCUGGAUUUGCCUUCUUGCAGUCUGAAACUGACUAAUAACCUCAACAAGGUGGGCAUAUACCUGGAUUAUGAAGGAGGGCAGGUGUCCUUCUACAAUGCUAAAACCAUGACCCACAUUUACACCUUCACUAGCACUUUCAUGGAGAAACUUUAUCCUUACUUCUGCCCAUGCCUUAAUGAUGGUGGAGAGAAUAAAGAACCCUUGCAUAUCAUACACCCACAGUAAUUAGUCAUACUAUUGUAUAAAUUCAGAGCGUUAUUAAAGAGGUAUUAAAAUAGUUCCAGUCUCACUGGUUUCUCUUCCCAGUUUAUGGGGAACUCUAGAAUAAUGAAGAAAUGAUUCACAAACUAAAUUCUAUUCUCAGGGUCUUAAGUGCAUUUCACCGGAGCUUUUCAAGAUGUCCUUCUACUUCUCUGGGGUCUUCUAGGACACAGAAGCCACUCUUCAUGAGAAUGAUCAUCAUGCUAUUAUGACUGGAGCAAACUGAAACUUCAGUUUGUGAUGCUUGGAAACCCUUUCCAAACACCCUGAAAUUCUAUUAUGCUGUCAUUAUUCUCAGCACAAGACU